AUGUCAGAUGUAGCUGAAUCAAAUUCUGUGCAUAUCAAAAAGCACAGCCAGAUUGAUUCAUCAAAUCUAUCGCCGCUCAGCGUCACUCCGCCCGACAAAUCCAGCCAGCUGCCCCCAUCUCCGCCCCCUACAACGGAGCGGCCCGGGAAGCGCGUCGUCAACAACGACGACGACGGUCUAAGGCUCCCGGAACCGCUCUUGCAACACAAGCUUCUAUCGUUAACACAAGAAGUCUCUAAGUUCACAAAGUUCAAGCUCAGUCCGGAACAGUACCAUAAACUUCAUUCCAAGAUCGAGAAAACGUUCAGGUGUUUCGAUUACGAACCUAGGCGCGGCUGCCUUGCGAUUCGUAUGCCUUCGCCGACCCAUGGUUUCUUUGCCAUUGAGUUCAGAGAUGAAGUCUGCAAGGAACUCAAUCAGAUCGCAACUAGCCGCACUGACAAGAUAAAGGAAGUCACUAGAGAAUUGAAGAGCGCUAUCUCAUCACGCGUAUUCUUAAGGGAAGUGGAUGAGAAGGAGCAACUAGAUGAGGACAAUGAAGCAGAUGACGGGAAUGAAUAUAACAACAAGAAAGAAGACGAUUACAAGAAGUACGCCAUCAAACGCGAACCAGACAUUCAGUUUCAGUACCCCAAAACAGCAUAUCCUGGUGUUGUAGUUGAGGUGUCAUACUCGCAGAAUGGUAAAGAUUUGAGAAGGCUGGCUCAAGACUACAUUCUCUACUCAAACGCAGAUGUUAAGUUGUUUAUUGGUUUCGAUCUGAGUUAUGACGGCGGGUCGUCGACAGUAUCAACCUGGCGACCGAAAUUCAUUAAUGAUGGAGAUGAUGAAGACUUGGUAACGGUUCAGUACGUCCAAGACCGGCCAUUCCUCUCAUGCGAUGGUCAGGUUCAAAAUCCUGAUGAAGUUCUCACCAUUGACGUACGGGAUUUUGCCACUGAUGAAAUCUCGAAGACUUGGCCCGAUGCCGAGAUCAACAUCAAGUUCUCUCGACUAGCACAACUUUUCAACGAUGCCCAGCAAUGGCAGUUGGAGAAAGAGACCGCUAAAUCCAGCCAAGUGAUGAAAUCGAAGAGGGUUUCUAGGAAGCGUAGAUUGCCGUCUAGUUCGCCACAACGGCUGAGAUCCGAUGAUGAGGAGCAAAUUCGGGAGUGGGAGCAGGCUGUUGAUCUGAAGAGCCACAAGGCGGAUGCGGAUUAUGUGGGCGAUGAUACAGAAGAUGAUGACAAGCGUCGGCUGACGAAGCGAAGAAGCUAG